CGUUGGGAAAGUACAGUCAGGAAGUUCCUUUAGUGUGUUUCAAACUAUAGGCCUACGUGUAUUUUUCUUAAAUACUGCGAUUUGUCUCACAAAUGGAGGGAUGAGGACUGUUACGGAUUUACAGUGCACCUUUGUUGCUCAUCAUGAAUUAUGAUUCUCUGUCAAUAUGAAGACAGUGUUGGGGCUUCGUUUGCUCAUGUUUCUUUACUUUCCAGUGCUCGAUGCAAUCCCUGCUCCAGUUAAAUUUACAAUAUUGUCUCACAACUUUAAACACAUUUUACAAUGGAGCCCUGGAAUAAAUUCUACAACACGGACUGUUUUCAAUCUAAAGCAAAGGUGCAGUUCUGGAAAGCCAAUAAUUCACCUUAACAUCAGAAAUACGACAGUAGAUGUUUCUCAAUCAUUAGAGGACAUCUACACACAAUGUACAUUCUCUAUUUGGGCAUCACUUGACAACAUGACAUCAUCCAAAGUUGAGAAAAGUAUUACACCAUAUGAAGACACUGUUAUAGGUCCACCUACUGUAUUUCUGUCUGGUUGUGGAGACUGUUUGAAAAUCAAUGUGUCACUGCCCAGAGGAUCUGGAAAAAAGAAUGACCUUGACCGGUUUUAUAAUUCUGUGGACUUCAAUUUAAGCUGGAAGAAAGCAGGAGAGGAGAAUGCCAACCAGGUUAUUAUACCAGGUGGAGAGUAUGUUCUACAGAAUCUAAAGCCUCGUGAUAAGUACUGCAUUAGAGUACUUCCCAUGAUCAAUUCCAAUCGCAACACUCGGCUCUCUGACUGGCAGUGUGAAUACACUAGUAUAGAAGUGUCAGAAAAAGUGUUAUACUUAGUGGGUUGGUCAGUGGGAGCUGUUUUGUUUGGAUUGGGUGUGGUGGUGCUGGCAAGCACCCUGUUCUAUACUGGGUUCCUAUGUAGGAAGACUCUUCUGCCUAAAGCAAUGUGUAAUAUAGUACACGUGUACCACUUGAACCCUGAACGGACAGUGACUGAGAAUGUAUUUCUGAGUGAUGCUCAACUGAUCAGAUCUAAAAAUGAUCCCACCAGAAACAGUCCUUUAUUAUAUAUUGAUGAAGGGUCACAUAAAAAGCAACACGAAGAUGAAGACAGCUUUGACCAGGCAGACACAGAGGAUGAUGAAGAAUAUGACAAAGAAGAUGAGGAAGGCAACUGCACCUACAUGGGUUGCAUAAUUAAACAAAGUGAUUCGCAAAGUACUAGUAAUAAAGAGGAUGGCAUAGUUUCAUCUUUGCCCCUCCUUUAUAGCUCCAGUAUCUGUAGCACAGGGGAUAAACCAGCCCUGCAUCUCAGUGUAACUGCACUAUCCCCAGACAUUCACAGCGAUGAAGAUGAGAAUAAGGUGGAAGUGGUGUCAGAGGAGUCCGGGGAAAAAAAACAACUUCCUAAAUUGAGAUUUGAGCCAGAGGGAAAUGCAGAUGUUUCAAAUGCUACAGGGAAUGUCAACUUAUUCUCUGUCACUUUACGACCUUUUGGAUCAGAAGAAUACGAAAAAGAUGUGGAUGAGGAAGAGGUUUGUAAACCUCUGCUAAGAAAAGUUCAAAAAGAACUUUACGGGAUCCAACCGUAUGUACAGACAGAAAUGAAAACAGAUGAUUCGAUAACAAAGGGACGUCAAAAGCAUCUGCUUGUGUGCUCAUAUGAUCCGGACAUACAGACUAAUCAGGACACAAAGUCGGGCUAUACAGCGACCGCCACAGGAGUUAUGCUCGAACAAGAUAGUUGCUCAUCUGAUGAGACUGAUUAUUGUGAGACAGGCUAUAUAAUGCGAUAAAGACUUUAAAUGUUUAUUUUAAGAAAAAAUAUGCUCAGACGUUAAGUUAAUGUAACCUGACUUUCUGUCAAAUAUUUUUAAGGAGAAGCACGUUGUUGGCACGGUGACGGGUUUACAUUUCAAAAUAUUUUUUAUUGCUUUUUCAUCAAGGCACAUGCCCUUAAAGGAGUAGUAAAAUAACUUUUCAAAAAACUUUAAAAUAAGCCCCCAUUGACUUUCCAUAGUAGGAAUGAAAUAGCUUAAUAUUACUUAUUGACAGUCAAACCAUGCAGAUCACAUUUACAUUCAAGGUUUUCAGCAAUUGUUUUUGGUUGUUUUUUUUACCUUCAUAUACACUCACUCAAUAACUGCAUCACUGCCUACAGGAACUUCUCUAUUCAGCCAGCUCAUACAGAACGCUGCUGCCAGGACUCUGACCAGAACCAAAAAAAUCUGAGCAUAUCACCCCAAUCCUCAGAUCCUUACACUGGUUACCAGUCACUUGUAGAAUCAAUUUCAAAGUAUUAUUAAUGGUCUAUAAAUCACUCAAUGGUCUAGGUCCUAAAUACAUAUCAGAUACGCUUAUUGAAUAUAAAGCACAGACUCUUCAGAUCAUUAGGAUCAAGUCAGUUAGCGAUAACAAGGGUUCACUCAAAACAAGGCGAGUCAGCGUUUAGCCAUUACGCCACCCGUAGCUGGAAUCUGCUUCCAGAAAACAUCUGAUGUGCUCCAACAGUAGCCACUUUUAAAUCCAGACUAAAAACAUUUGUUCAGCCGUGCGUUUACAACCUGAGCACUGUGCUGCUUCACACUAACUGCACUUUUAUUUCUAUCUUUUUCUUUUAAUUUGAUUCUUUUUAUGAUCAAAUUUUGUUUGCAUUUAAUUGUUGUUUUAAAUUCUGUUCUUUUGUGUAUUUGUGAUUUUAAUCUUUUACUUACUUAAAAAUGUCUUAUGCACCAUGCUUACGUAAAGCACUUUGAAUUACUUUGUGUACAAAAUGUGUGCAAUAUAAAUAAACAUGCCUUGCCUUGCCUUUGCCUAAUACCUCCUAAAAGAGUCAACAAAAUGAUGCGUCACAGGGAUCCAUUAACAUGAGGUGUUGUGGAGCUAACAUUUAUUCAAGUAUUCUACUGAACAGCUGCAAAAAAGUACUUCAGUGUCGCAUUUGGUAACGGUGGGGGUUGGCAACCAAACUGGGAUGAUUGUGGAGGGCCAAACCAAAUAGGCUUAACUUAACUUAAUUCUGCUCAAAAUUAAUUGUAUUGUUUUUUUUAAGCAAAGAUUAUAUGAUUUUGAUUAGCAGCUGGUAAGAAUACAUGUUACCCUUAUGAACAUUCACCAUGGUUUACCUAUAGUAAUCUGUUUUUGUAUUGAUAGUAGUAAAACCAUAGACCUUGUACACCAACUCUACCUACACGUGACGUUCUGAGUCCACAUUUGAAGCAGUAAACUAAGGGUGUGUUUACAUAUGGCAUGUUUGGUUAGAUUAAAACAAACUCUAGUGCGACGGCUCUGUUAGUGCCAUUUAUUUGUGUGAGUGUGAAUGCUGCCAUCCAAACACUGGUGCGCACCAAACAGAGUUUGUUUGAAAGCAGGUUCGGUCCCCUUUCAAACAAACUCUGGCGCGAUUCGAUUGAGGGUGCGUGUAGUUCGGUUCUCUUGGACCGGACCAAAAAAAAAAGAAAUUCCGUCCUG